AUGAUGUUUGCUUUGAUGGCCGAAGCGGCACAAAAGAAUGCACCAUGGGAAGAAACGGAAGCCGCGUUGUUUAUAGCGUCAAAUGUAAUUCAGAACUUGCUACCUGAGGAAGAUUCCAUCGUUCCGGAACUUAUUUCCCAACUCGUUCAACUCGCACCUCAAACUGCCCAUCCAGCUCUUAUUUUAACGGCAAUACAAUUCAUGGGCGGUUGUUCGGAGUGGUUGGGCAAACAUCCGCCCAUUCAAGACCCAGUAAUGCAAUGGCUUCUCAUUUAUGUCGUCAAUCCGAUCUAUGCUAGUCAUGCCUCAGAAAGUAUUGAAAAGAUCUGCUCACAGGCUUCGAUCGUCCGUUUUAUACCACCACUUUCCGCAGCAAUCGAACGCCUCGAGGCAACAACAACUAAUGGGAAGUGUGUUGAAAAAGCCUGCCAAGAUAUCACCAAAGCAUUGGCCAUGUUAUGCAACUCGUUAUCUCGCCAGGAGCUCGGAGAACAACUGAAGAAGAUUUGCGAACCAAUUUUGAUGCGGCUUACAAUGAGUAUUGACGCUUCCACUGCCCAAGUAGCACAUGAUGAAAACAAAGGUGAUGCUUGGAUGCAGAUGGCUCACAAGCCGUUGAUCUGGAUUGAUCGUAUCGCCUCGGUAUUUCGAGAAAUCAAACCGUUGGAGAAAGUCAAUUACGAUUUGAAUCAAGCCCAACCGUGGCUACCAGUUGCACAGCACACACUACAGAUAUCUUCACAAAUUUUGACCAAAUAUGAGGCUGAUGGGCGAAUCAUUGAGCACACCUGCAGAGCAAUUCGACACGUCAUUCGCUCACUUGGCAUGCAGUCUGCCAGUUUCGUCCCAGCGUUGGCUACCCAGCUGAUGACCAUUUAUCAACAUUAUCAACAUUCGUGCAUUUUGUAUCUGGCUUCUAUUAUCGUGGACGAAUACGGAGCUUUACCCGAGCUACAAGAUGGAUUGAUACAAAUGCUUCAGAUGCUGGCCAUUUCCACGUUUCCGAUUUUGCAAAAGGCGCACGGUUUCCGAAACAAUCCCGAUACAGUUGAUGAUUUGUUCCGGCUAGCUCAUCGUUACAUCACACGCUGCCCGUCGGUCUUUUUCGUGCACCCAAUUUGCGACAAGUUGCUGGAUUGUGCCCUGCAUGGACUUCACGUUGAUCAUGGGGAAGCGAAUCGUUCUGUGACGAAGUACACAACAGAAAUGAUCAAUCAAUUGAUUUCAGCGAGAAGGCAUAAUUAUAUGGAUGAUGGAGUGAAAGCCGCUCAACAACUUGUUAACAGCUAUGCCGACCGUUUGACUGAACAUGCGCUAAAAGCGGCUCUUUUUGAUGUGUCAUCAUAUCUUCGUCGCGAGUUAACUGAUGUGAUCUGCUCGUUGGGAAAGUACGAUCGUGAGUUACAAGCACGAGCACUCAUACAUGCCAUUUCAACACUGCCACGCGGACCAUUAUGCGCCACAGAAGAACAAUUGAAGCAAUUUCACGACCAAGUCUGCAAAGAUGGAACAGACACCCGAAAUGUGGUCGGCUAUGUGCGAGAACUUGUCAAGCUCUAUGAG